ACAUGAUAUAAAAACCUACCUAUUGAGAAGACAUGGUCUACUUUUGUAACUUAGCAUUAACUUCAAUUAAAAAAAAAAAAAAAAAAAAAAAAAAAAGUUGAAUAAUUUUUUUGGCAGUGGAAGUUAAAAGUGCCGGGGAGGAGGAGAUUACAACACUCUUCUUGCCUCCCCACGUCUUUAAAAAAAUGUAAUAUCAGGCGAUUAGUUUACAUCGACUAAUCAUAAUCUUUCGUUUUCCUUCUGCUUUAGAUCGAGAUCAGAAGCUUUCCGAUUGUGCGAUCAAGUUCGUUGAAUGAUCUUAUAAUUCAUUUGCAUUGAAAAGUUCUUGAGAAAAAUGGGGGUUAUGUCAAGGCGGGUUUUACCCGUCUGUAGCAACCUCUGUAUAUUCUGCCCUUCGAUGCGAGCGAGAUCACGACAGCCAGUUAAACGAUAUAAGAAGCUUCUUGCAGAUAUAUUUCCUCGAUCGCAGAAUGCUGAGCCAAAUGAUCGAAAGAUUGGGAAGCUUUGUGAAUAUUCUUGUAAAAACCCUUUACGUAUACCAAAGAUUACAGAUUACCUAGAACAGAAAUUUUACAAAGAGAUGCGCAACAAAAACUUUAUCUCUGUAAAAGCUGUUUCACUUGUUUAUGGGAAAUUGCCAUCUUCAUGUAAGGAGCAGAUGCCACUUUUUGCUAGUAGUUUGUUGGGAAUUGUUCGGACACUAUUAGAACAAACUGAUAAUGAUGAAAUGCGAAUUCUUGCUUGUCAGACUCUUGUCAGCUUCAUAAACAAUCAGGUGGAUGGGACUUACAUGUUCAACUUAGAAGGCCUCAUUCCCAAACUUUGUGAACUUGCUCAAGAAGUUGGAGAUGAUGAAAGAGCAUUAAGGUUGAGGUCAUCAGGGCUUCAAGUUUUGGCUUUCAUGGUUCGAUUUAUGGGGGAGCAAUCUCAUAUCUCUAUGGACUUUGACAAUAUUGUAUCAGUAACCUUGGAGAAUUUUAUGGACACACCAAACACUGACCAUGAAUCAUCAUCAUUAAUGGAUGUAAACAAGAUGAUCACAAAUGUUGUUAACUUUAAAACGGAUGUUCCCAUGGGGGAUGCAAACAGAAGCCCCUCUUAUUGGUCGAGUGUUUGCUUGCAUAAUAUGGCGAAUUUAGCAAAAGAGGCAACAACUGUUAGACGUGUACUUGAACCUCUUUUUCACAAUUUUGACACUGAAAAGCAUUGGUUCCCUGAAAAAGGGUUGGCUUUUUCUAUUUUAAAGUAUCUGCAGAUGGUGUUGGAGGAAUCAGAUGACAAAUCACAUCUACUCUUGUCUAUCUUAAUCAAGCACCUUGAUCACAAAGAUGUUAUGAAACAACCAGUUAUUCAGAUGCACAUUGUGAAUGUUGCUACACAGCUUUCACAAUAUGUAAAGCAGCAGGCAUCAGUCCCCAUUGUUGGAGCAAUAGCUGAUCUCAUUAAACAUUUACGCAAAUGUUUGCAGAAUUUAUCUGAGCCAUCGAGUCCUAGAGUGGGCCCCAUUAGCUCUUAUAUGGAUCUUCAAUGUGCUUUGGAGAAUUGUAUCUCAAGUCUCUCACAUAAGGUUGGAGAUGUGGGACCCAUUCUUGAUUUGAUGGCUGUAGUGAUAGAGAAUAUUUCAGCAACUCCUACUAUAGCUAGAACAACUAUGUCUGCUCUUUAUCGCACUUCACAAGUUAUCAGUUCCAUUCCAAACAUUGCCUACUACAAAAAGGCAUUCCCAGAUGCUCUGUUUCACCAUUUGAUCUUAGCAAUGUCACAUCCAGAUCAUGAAACACGAGUUCUUGCACAUCAAGUAUUCUCCAAUGUGCUUAUGCCAGCUGUAAGUCAGCCUUCAUCAGGUUAUAAAGCUGACAAAUCUGAAACCAUAGAUGAAGAAAAUCAUGCCAUGGAAUCAUCAUCUCGUGGUGGAAUCACCCAUUCUUUGCCUAAUGGGAAAACAAUCUCAAGUUCCUUGAGACUGAGUCGCCAUCAAGUGAGCCUUGUGCUAUCAUCAAUCUGGAUUCAAGCAACAUCUCCCGAAAAUACCCCUGCAAAUUUCGAGGCAAUUGCACACACAUAUAGCCUUGCUUUAUUGUUUACUGUAUCAAAGAAUUCAAAUCAUGUGGCACUAAUCCGCUGCUUCCAGUUGGCAUUUUCCAUUGGAAGCACCUCACUGGAUCAACAAGGUGGUCUACAAGCAUCCCAGAGAAGAUCUCUCUUCACAUUGGCAUCUUACAUGCUUAUUAUUUCUGCAAAGUCAGGCCAUAUUUUGGAGCUGAUUCCAAUAAUUAGAUCAACAUUGACCAAAGAAACGAUGGAUCCUUAUCUUGCAAUAGAUGAAGAAGAUAUGAGGCUGCAUGUAACUUCAACAAAACAUGGUGAAGAUAAUGGCUAUGGAUCACAAAGAGAUGAAACUGAUGCAAUGAAAGCACUUUCUGCAAUCGAGUUAAAGGAUCAAAAGUUGAAGGACACACUUUUGUAUCAUUUGUUAUCAAAGCUUGAAGAUUUAUCAGAGGAAGAUGAAUUAAAUAUGAAGACACAGCUUUCAGAGGGAUUCUUCCCUGAUGAUGAAUACCCUUUGGGGGGCCCACUAUUUAUGGACACACCUAUUCCAUGUUCUCCAGUUGCCCAAACGGAUUUCCAGGCUUUUGAUGAGGUGAUGCCUCAUGCUGAUGAGACAGAUGAGGAUACGUUUCAAGACCAAUACGGAAGCCAAUCAGCUCGCAAAGAUUCUCUCUCCAUGAAUUCACUUGACAUUUUAAGUGUUAAUCAGCUUUUGGAAUCGGUGCUGGAAACAGCACGUCAUGUUGCAAGUUUGCCUGUUUCCUCAACUCCUGUAAGUUAUGAUCAAGUGAAAGAUGAAUGUGAGGCUUUAGUAACAGGAAAACAACAGAAAAUGUCUGUGCUUCAAAGCUUUAAAAAGCAACAAGAUAACAACACAAUGUUGAUUCUUUCUGGUGAAAAUGGUAAACAAGAUCAAAUUACAUCAUACAAUAAAAUGGAGCUCCCAGAAGAUGUUAAAUUGUUAACAAAUGGGGAGCAAACUGAUCAACUUGUUUCUUAUACAAAACUAUACAGUCAACAACAGUCUUUUAGGCUUCCACCUUCAAGCCCAUAUGACAAGUUCUUGAAGGCUGCUGGAUGCUAAUAAAGUUUCAGUUGUUUUUGGAUACAUGGAUUCACUAAUGAUUUCUUGUUAUAAUGUUUUUUUUUUUCCCUCAUAGUCUUGGUGUUAUAUAAAAGUUUGAUUUUUUUUUUUUUUGUUCUUUUUCAGAAGUAGAAAAAGAAGGUUUUUUGUUUUGU